AUGGAGUUUAAAGACGAAGAAGAAUAUUUAUUACUUGGUUUCAAAGAUCCAGUUGAACAAAAGUUCUUUAACAAACCCAAUCUUUUCUUCAAAAUUGUGAACUUGCACACAAAAACACCUUACAUCCAAAUUGGAAAUCAUGUUUUUAGAGCUAAAGUUGAUGAAGAAUCACUUGGAACUAGCCUGAUCUUUGAGGAACAAGAUGAAUUGGCACCACCAAAUAUAUAUGAUAAAGAAACCCACAUCAACCUCAAAUACAUUGCAAAAACAUGCCGGUUUCUAGCUCUACAAUGGUGUAAAAUUCCUGAUGAAGUUCCUGAAAUUCAACCAAGUGAACUGAUUGAAUUAGAGUUUAGACAUAGUUAUGAUACUGUCAUGAAGCAGUUGGAAGAUGGUCAUCUCGACAUUAAUGAUAUCAUUAAGAAGCCAGAGGGUGAAGGCAUACAUUUGACUAAGUUGACAAAAACACUAAGGAGAAAAAGGAUGUUCCAAAAUCAUCCACAAUACAGACUUCACUUGAUGACCCUGCAAAAACUCAAAGAGGAACAAGCUGAUACAUCUAAAACUCAACUGCCAGAGACAGAAAACGAAGAGUCUUAUUCUUUGUUAAAGGAUAUGGUGCACAAGCAAAGUUGUGACCCUGAAUAUUAUAAUAUUCUUAAAGGAGAUGAAUUUAAUAAUGACAAAGAAUUCAAGAUUCUUAAAGAAAUUUAUCUGAAGUCAUUUGACUAUGAAAAGUUUGCAUCAAAUGUAUCAAAAUCAUCUAUGUGGGAAUAUGUUGAUCUCCAAGGCUCUAUUGAUGAUGGAAUUAUAGAAAUGAAAGACAAGUUAAAUGCAGAUGAUAAGAAAAAACUGUUUGACAUGGGAAAUUUUGAUAAUUUCACAUUGGAUUUAAAAAUCAUUGUGCUAUCAGAUUAUCUGAAGGGACAGAAGGAAAUUAUGAAGAACAAAUCAAAAUUGGAGCUUUUAGAAGAGGACGAAUAUGGGCGCACCAUUAAAAAACGAUACAAAAUGGUGAAAUCAUUGGUAAAAGAUUUAAAAUAUAAUUUGUUUGUUCGUAGUUUAAAUACAGUCAAAUAGUAAUAAUUAUAGUUUAACAAUAAAUUGUUGUAUUGUUUGGUUAAAA